CAGUCUUUAUGCUUUACAUUAUAUUUUUCUAAUUUUUUAAAACUUAAAUUCGUGAUUUUUUUUAAAAAACAAUAAAGAAAAUAUGUAUACAAUAUUUUAUAUUUUAACAAUAGUAGUUUUAACAUCAAGUUUUCUAUUAUUUAUUAUUUACCAUUUUUUUGGAAAUCGAGAACUUUACCGAAAAACUAGUCACAUUCCAGGACCAAAAACAUUUCCUUUAAUUGGAUGUGCUUAUCUUUUUCUCGGUGAUUCGAAAUAUUUUAUGAAACGAAUGGCUAGACUUAUUGAUUCAUUUCCCUCGACAUUUCAUUUUAUUCUUGGUUCUAGAGUUUGGAUUGUGAUCAAAGAUCCGGUACAAAUAAAAACCCUUCUGAUUAAUUCGAAAACACUUCAAAAAGAUGAUAUUUAUAAAUUUGCCAAACCUUGGGUAGGCAAUGGAUUAAUGACUGUUGAUCAUCAAAUUUGGCACGAUCGACGAAAAUCAAUUCAACCGACAUUCCAUAGUAAAAUCCUGAGAAGUUUUAUGUCAAUUCUUCAAAAACAUUCACUUUUAUUAACACAAACUCUGUCAGAUCGAAUAGAUGGUCCGGAAUUUGAAAUAUUACCCUACAUUUCAUUCACAAUUUUUGUCAGUAUUUAUGAAAAUACUAUUGGAAUGUCUAUAGAAAAGGAAAGAAAAGAAAUUCUAAAAUAUUUAGAAACAAAUGGAAGAAUAUUGAAAUCAUUUCUCGAACGACUUAAUCGUGUGUGGUUACAUUCGGAUAUAUUACACAGGCACACAAAAAAAAAAAAAGUCAGUAAUCAAAGAAAGAAGACAAAAAUUAAAAAUUGA